GAGGCGUGGCACGUCGGGGGGCGGGGCCGCGGGCGCUGGGCCCUGUUGUGCGGAGCCGCUGCCCGUUCCCGGCGGAGCGGUCCCGCCGUUCCCGCCCCGUCCCCGCCAUGGAGGACCCGGCGCGGCUGCUGGCGGCGGCGCACGGGGCCGGGGUGACCGUACCGGCGGGGAUCCCGCCACCCCCUCCGCCCGCCGCCGGGGAUCCGGCCGCAGCGGGGCCGCCGCCGCCCGCGCAUCACGAUACGGGCGACGUCCUGCAGCAGAUCAUGGCCAUCACCGACCAGAGCCUGGACGAGGCCCAGGCCAGAAAACACGCCCUGAACUGCCAUAGAAUGAAACCGGCGCUCUUCAGCGUGCUCUGCGAGAUCAAGGAGAAAACAGUGUUAAGUAUUCGCGGUAUUCAGGAAGAAGAUCCCCCCGACGCUCAGCUAAUGAGACUUGAUAACAUGUUGCUGGCCGAGGGCGUCUCCGGGCCCGAGAAAAGAGGAAGAGGAGGAUCGGUGGCCGUAGCAGCAGCAUCAGGUGGCUGUCCAAAUGACAAUAGCAUUGAGCACUCUGACUACAGGGCCAAGCUGUCACAGAUCCGACAGAUAUACCACUCUGAGCUAGAGAAAUAUGAACAGGCCUGCAGCGAGUUCACCACGCACGUGAUGAACCUGCUGAGGGAGCAGAGCCGGACGCGGCCCAUCUCGCCCAAGGAGAUCGAGCGCAUGGUGAACAUCAUCCACGGCAAGUUCAGCACCAUCCAGAUGCAGCUGAAGCAGAGCACGUGCGAGGCCGUCAUGAUCCUGCGGUCGCGCUUCCUCGACGCCAGGCGGAAACGACGUAACUUCAGCAAACAGGCCACGGAAGUGCUGAACGAGUAUUUUUAUUCGCAUCUGAGUAAUCCUUACCCCAGCGAAGAGGCCAAAGAAGAGCUCGCGAAGAAAGGCGGCAUCACCGUCUCCCAGGUUUCCAACUGGUUCGGCAAUAAAAGGAUCCGGUACAAAAAGAACAUGGGGAAAUUCCAAGAAGAAGCCAAUAUUUACGCGGCAAAAACAGCCGUGGACGCGACCAACGCGGCUCAAGGCAACCAGGCGAAUUCUCCCCCGACGCCAAAUUCAGCCUCCUCCGGCUCUUUCAAGAUGACGAAUUCAGGAGAUUCGUUUCUCAACUUGCAGUCGCUGGGUUCCUAUCAGAGCUCCCCGGUGGGAGCCAACGUGCAGCCCCAGCUGGAUUCCUUACACCACGUCAUCCACCAGGCGGGGAGAUACGACGCCAUCGUGGGGAACCCUUUGUACACGACGCAGCGCAUCGACGCUAAUGGCAGCUGGCAAGACGCUCCCACCCCUUCAUCCAUCACCUCGCCCGCCGGAGACCCCGGGAGCGUUAAUUCGGACGCGUCUAAUUAAGCUUUUAGGACCUGUUGAUGAGAGGAAAGAGGUCAUUAGUGUAAUUUGUCCUUUACUGUCGUUUGUAUGAGUUGACACACAGCAAAUUACCUCAGCAAAGCCCGGAACCAAUAGAAGAUUGUGAUUAUAACGAUACCUCUCUACCUCUCAACCCAGUUCUUUUGACUUAUUCCCAUGAAAGAACUCGCUUCAUUUUCCUAACCAAAUUCAUUUCGUUUAGAUCCGGAUUUUCUGGUGAGAAUCGGGAAGCGUCUCUCGUCGAACUUGGCGUUUGUCUCGAGUUUUACUGACUUCUUUUAAUUUCCACGAGGUUUUUUACGAUGUUUCUGUUCUAGUCGAUAGCUCCUAACAGUUCAACCCCCGUAUCGUAAUUGUACGCGUUCUCUGUAUUGUAAUUUUGUAUAGGGAAAUAAGCUUUUCUUACCUAGAAUCCAUUCUGAGCUAAUUAAUCAGAACGUGGCUUUACCAAAACUCUCGUGGACUUGGCUCUCGGGUAGGACCGUCCAUCCUGUGUCAUUCGGUGUCAUUCUGAUUUAAUGUUUAGUGAAACAAGCAGAAAAACACCACAAGAAAACGCCACACGGAAAACAAAACCCCACAAGGGAAACAAAACCCCACAAAGGAAACAAAACCACCGGACUUCUCCACAGACAACGAGCUUUUGCGCAUUUCUGCCGCUGUUAGCACAGAGUCCACCCCUUUCCGUUGAGAUUUUAUCAAAGAUAAUAAACGUCCAAAGCCUU